AUGUCGAGCCUCUACCGGUUAGCCGGCCGUGGCACCGCUAAGCGGCUGUGCCUGCGGCCAAUCACCUCCACCUCCCCUAAAGUCCAGGCCGCCGCCGCCCUGGCACGACGGACACCAGCUCUCCGGGCUGCGUUCUCGACCGCCACGCAACGCCGGUAUGCGUCGCCGUACGAGGGCCAGGGCACGCGCAUUGUGCCCGUCGGCGAAGACUUCCAGGUGCCGAGCCCCGAGGACCUGCUGGGGCGCCAGGUGCCGAGUGAGGAGUACAGCAAGGCGCCUGUGACGGACAACACGGUCGAGGGCCGCAAGAUGCGGCACUACACAGUCAACUUUGGUCCGCAGCAUCCGGCUGCUCACGGUGUGUUGCGGCUGAUUUUGGAGAUCAACGGCGAGGAGAUUAUCCGUGCGGACCCGCACAUUGGCCUGCUGCACCGUGGCACGGAGAAGCUGUGCGAGUACAAGACGUACCUGCAGGCAUUGCCGUACUUUGACCGGCUCGACUACGUGUCCAUGAUGACGAACGAGCAGUGCUUCUCGUUGGCCGUGGAGAAGCUGCUGAACAUUGAGAUCCCGCAGCGGGCCAAGUUCAUCCGCACGUUGUUUGGCGAGAUUACGCGCGUGCUGAACCACCUGAUGUCUGUGCUGUCGCACGCCAUGGAUGUCGGUGCCCUAACACCCUUCCUGUGGGGUUUCGAGGAGCGCGAAAAGCUGAUGGAAUUUUACGAGCGUGUUUCUGGUGCGCGUAUGCACGCCGCCUAUGUCCGCCCUGGCGGUGUCCACCAGGACAUCCCGAUUGGCCUACUUGACGACAUUUACCAGUGGGCGACGCAGUUUGGCGAUCGCAUUGACGAGACGGAGGAGAUGCUGACGGACAACCGCAUCUGGAUCAACCGUCUGCAGGGCGUCGGCGUUGUGUCCGCCGAGGAGGCGCUGAACCUGUCGUUCACGGGUGUCAUGCUGCGCGGCUCGGGUGUUCCCUUUGACGUGCGCAAAAACCAGCCGUACGACGCGUACGACCAGGUCGAGUUUGAUGUUCCUGUGGGCAUCAACGGCGACUGCUACGACCGGUACCUGUGCCGCAUGGAGGAGUUCCGCCAGUCGCUGCGCAUCAUCCACCAGUGCCUGAACAAGAUGCCCGCGGGUCCCGUACGCGUCGAGGACUACAAGGUGUCGCCGCCGCCGCGUGCGGCCAUGAAGGAGAACAUGGAGGCGCUGAUCCACCAUUUCCUGCUGUACACCAAGGGCUAUGCGGUGCCGCCCGGUGACACCUACAGCGCGAUCGAGGCGCCCAAGGGCGAGAUGGCUGUGUACGUGGUCAGCGACGGCAGCGAACGGCCGUACCGGGUACACAUCCGUGCGCCUGGCUUUGCCCAUCUGGCGGGCUUCGACCAUGUGUCCCGUGGCCAUCUGCUGGCUGAUGCUGUGGCCGUGAUUGGCACAAUGGAUUUGGUGUUUGGUGAGGUCGAUCGGUAA